UCUUAAUAUGCCUUUGCGAUUGAGAUCGUCAGAGGAGUUGAAAGGUGGUCAGCAGCAGCAGCAGAGUAACACUAGUCAUGAUAAGUGGCAUAAGAGUUUGCCUCAGGCUGAAAUGCUGCCUAGGAAUGAGGUCUUGGGUGGUUACAUUUUCGUGUGUAACAAUGAGACUAUGCAAGAGGAUCUCCAUCGCCAACUCUUCGGGCUCCCACAGAAGUAUAAGGACUCUGUUAGGGCAAUAACCCCAGGCUUACCCCUCUUUCUUUAUAACUACACAGCCCACCAGCUGCAUGGAGUAUUUCAGGCUGUAAGUUUUGGAGGAUCAAACAUUGACCCAACAGCGUGGGAAGACAAGAAGUGCAAAGGAGAAUCAAGAUUUCCAGCUCAGGUUAAAAUUCGAGUGAAGGAAAGGUGCAAACCAUUAGAAGAGGAUGCUUUCAGGCCAAUACUUUACCACUAUGAUGGCCCUAAGUUUCGUUUACAGCUCUCUGUGCCUGAGGCACUUGCAUUGUUAGACUUAUUUAAAGAAAAGAACCUCUAAGGAGAUAGCAGCAGACAUAUCCACCGACAUUAAAAGGAGUAGGAAAAUCAAUCCACUGACAUUAGCGGCAGCAUAGAAUGGUUAUGGUUGUUUUCACAAUGUCGCCUGAUGAGGAUGAGAAAUGAAGAUU